UUCAGAAAUACAGGCAUAGAAUAAGCUUCUGGGUAGCCUAAGAUUAUAAUUGUUCACGAAAGCUGUGUGAUUCAGUCGGCCGGGAGUGGUUUUGCAGAAAGCUUUUGGAACCUUAGAUAUCUGUGUGCUUUGAGAGGGUGGAGUUUUGUUUGUUUGUAUGAACUAUGUUGAGACAGAUACUUAAUAAGCUUCCCCGGAAGUCUUCUUCUAAGAAUGCUGAGAAUCGCGAUACAUUGUAUUCGAAUGCUCCCACCAACUCAAGAAGCAGUGAUUUGGGGACCAGUAAGUCUGGGAAUUUGACUACAUCUCUCCCACCCGGAAAUUCUGUUCCAGACGCGGUGAAAAGUUACAGCAACAAGAAUGUGAGGGGUGCAAAUUUGAAGCCGAAUGGUUUCGUGCUCUCUUCUUAUGAAGCAUUGCCUGGAUUUAGAGAUGUUCCAAAUGCGGAGAAGCAAAGCUUAUUUAUUAAAAAGGUGAGUUUGUGCUGUGUUGUAUUUGACUUUACCGACCCAACAAAGCACCUGAAAGAAAAGGAGAUCAAGCGGCAGACACUAUUAGAGCUAGUGGAUUAUGUGACUAAAGCAAACGGUAAAUUUUCAGAAGCUCUUAUGCAAGAGCUUGUAAAAAUGGUGUCUGCAAAUUUGUUUAGGGCGUUUACCCCACAGCCUCGUGAGAAUAAAGUUGCAGAUGGCUUUGAUUUGGAAGAGGAGGAACCUUCAAUGGAUCCUGCAUGGCCUCAUUUGCAAGUAGUGCACGAGUUAUUGUUAAGGUUUGUCGCAUCACCUGAGACAGAUGCAAAAUUAGCUAAAAGAUAUAUUGAUCACUCGUUCAUUCUCAAGUUGCUGGAUCUUUUUGACUCUGAAGAUCCUAGAGAAAGAGAGUAUUUGAAAACAAUACUGCACCGAGUGUAUGGAAAAUUUAUGGUGCAUCGCCCAUUCAUUAGGAAGGCCAUCAACAACAUCUUUUAUCGUUUCAUCUUUGAGACUGAGAAGCAUAAUGGGAUUUCUGAACUCCUAGAAAUUUUGGGCAGUAUUAUAAAUGGAUUUGCUCUACCACUGAAAGAAGAGCAUAAAUUGUUCCUUGUUCGGGCUCUAAUUCCCCUGCAUAAGCCAAAAUGUUUAGCUAUGUACCAUCAGCAGUUAUCUUACUGCAUUACGCAGUUUGUAGAGAAAGAUUGCAAGCUUGCUGAUACUGUCAUUAGGGGUUUACUGAAGUACUGGCCGAUCACUAAUAGUUCAAAGGAAGUAUUGUUCCUAAGUGAGUUGGAAGAAGUGUUGGAAGCAACUCAGCCAUCUGAAUUCCAGCGGUGCAUGGUUCCCCUCUUUCGCCAGAUUGCUCAUUGUUUGAACAGUUCUCACUUUCAGGUGGCAGAGCGAGCUUUAUUUUUGUGGAACAACGAUCACAUUGAGAACUUAAUCAGACAGAAUCGUAAAGUUAUACUGCCCAUUAUCUUACCUGCAUUGGAGAAAAAUGCUGAAAAUCACUGGAAUCAGGCUGUCCAUAGCUUGACCCUAAAUGUCCGAAAAAUUUUCAAUGAGCUUGAUCCUGAGCUUUUCAAGGAAUGCUUACUCCAGUUUCAGGAAGACGAGUCAAAGGAGGGCGAGGUUGCAGCACGGCGUGAAUCCACUUGGAAACGCUUGGAAGAAGUUGCUGCAAAGAAAGCUGCGAGCAACGAACCUGUGCUUGUUUUCGGCAAAGCACCUCCCAGCACUACCUCACUUUAGCCGAAGCAAGAGACUUGCUGACAACACAAUGACAUCAAAUUCUGUUAAUCGAAAACGGGAUUUGUAGCACUGUGACGUGGUUCGGGUGCUUGUUUUCAGAGAUCAUUGUGUAUGUUGUAGUUGUAGCUAGGAAAUGGUUCUGGCAGAUAACCACAGUCCAAGAAAACAUUCUGCCUCAUUGAUUGUUUUGUUUAAAAGUUAAUUUUCUA